AUGGCGACCUUCACCCCCUACACGUACUUCCAAUGUCCCUGCUCCGAAUCCUCGCCAAUCACGCGCCACCACCACCACAACGAUCGGCACUACCGGCGCCACAGACACACACGUAACGCGUCCGUGACCUCAAUCGUUUCCGCUGAUGACGAUGACGACGACGACAAGACAUUCGACCCCCGCGCGACGCGCUCAAACUUUUCGCUGUACCCCCUCGAAUAUCUGUUAUGCACCCGCAGCUGCUUCACCUGCCCGAUCUGCGUCGGUCCCUUAUCCGUGACCUCUCUUGAGACCAAACCUGACCCCAACCUCCUCUCCGCACCCCCCUCCGACUCGGCGCCUACCUCUGGCCCCUACGCCCUCGUCUGCUCCUACUGUCUCUGGUCGUCCACCGAACUCGGGAUAAAAUUUGACAAGCCGAACUCCAUCUCCUCUCAGCUGCACAAACUCCGAAACGGCGGCGCCACAAGGCUCACACCCAAGGAACGGAAAGAACGCCGCAAAGACCCGGGAUAUAAACCCAUCUUAGUGCAGGGCGAGGACCCGUUGGAUCCGGAGAGUCACUUUGCGGCGCUCAAGACGUUUUAUCAGUCACAACUGUCAGACCCUAAUUCUGACUCGUCUGGGUUCGGGACGUCGUCGAGCCUGGGGGAGCUGGGGUUCUCGUCUUCUGCGUCACUCUCCCGUAUCAUGUCUCUUUAUACCGGGGGAUUACUGGCAGAUAAAAAAGCCAAAAACCGCGUCGGGGCAAUGCGUGAGGCCAUAACGCCCGACGAGGGGCUGCAGCUUUGUCAGUUGGACGAGACCGCGCAGAUUGCGCGCCUGAAAAAAGUAGGGUGGGAGGGGACCGCCAGCAAUGGGCAAAUGGCAGAGCAAAUGCCGGCCGUGACAGCGGGAGAGGUGCAGAUGUAUGGACGGGGAAGGCACAUUAUCAGUAAACCUGAGGCCAAAGUGCAGACAACGAGGUUUAGGAUAAGGCUUGUGGCGACGAACUACGUCCCGUCGAUAUCUAUACGUCGACUGAACCCUUCACAGACCGGGGCAGGAAGUAGCUCGGGCGGCGGGAGUCUGAGCUCGCUAGGGGAUUUUCUCGAACCCGUCAAGCCAGCCCACUUCAUCCUAACCUUCAAAAACCCCCUUUUCGACGCCGUCAAGGUGACCCUCGCCACACCGGCCAUCACACCGGGACGUUUCGCCUCCCGCGUGACGGUCCUCUGCCCCGAGUUCGAAAUCGACGCGAACACCGACGUCUGGGACGAAGCCCUCAAAGAUGGCAGCAAUAAACGUGACAGCAAGGAACUUCGCCGGCCCAAGACCGCAGCUGAAGAAAGUGCCGCAGCCGCAGCGGGGGGAGGGUUGCAGUUGGAGGUGGGCAAGAUCUGGGAGAGGGGGAGAAAUUGGGUGAGUAUUGUUGUGGAGGUGGUGCCAGCUUCGUUGAGGCAGCCUGUUGAUGGAGGAAGAGUGGGGCCGAUUAGGGAGGAUGAGGAUGUCGUGGAGGUGCCGAUGUUUGUUAGGGUGGAGUGGGAGACUGAAGCAGGGGGGGAUGACGAGAUUCCAGGGGCGGGGAAAAAAGAGGGGGAGGGGGGGAAAGAGGGGAAGGAGAAGAGGGAACUGGCGUAUUGGGUUGUGCUGGGAGUCGGAAGGAUUAAGCAAAGUUAG